AUGUUGGGGAGAGUGCUAGGCCUGAAGGCCACCCAGCGCGCGGCGCGCACGCGCCGCUUUUUCUCGCACGAGUUGCUAAAUCUGGGUAUCCUUGCGCACAUCGACGCGGGCAAGACGACCAUUUCAGAGGACAUCCUGUACAAUGCCAACGAAAUAAAAGUGAAGGGGAGUAUCCAUGACCAGAACACACAGCUGGACUUUUUAAAACAAGAAAGAGAAAGGGGAAUAACAAUCAAGACAGCCUACUCAUGUUUCAAAUGGAACAAUGUAAAAGUAAACCUAAUAGAUACCCCAGGACAUGUGGACUUCAGCAACGAAACUUUCCUCUCAUUAUGUGUGUCAGACAAGUGUGUCAUCGUGGUGGAUGCAAAGGAGGGAAUUCAAAUUCAAACUUUCCAUCUCUUCCACUACAUAAAGGAAAAUUUACCCAUUUUUUUUUUUUUAAACAAAAUGGACAUACACGAAACGGACCUUGAUUACAACCUUGAGAAUCUUAAAAAUAAUUUGAGUCGAAAAAGUGUCCUUGUAACUUACCCUUUGUAUGAAAAUAAGGCCUUGAAGUUUAUUUUGGACUUGCCCUCCAUGUGUCUUUAUUGGUACCCAAAGAGGAAGUAUGGGCAGAAGUUUACUUGUAACAGAAUGGACCUCUCCUCCGUUUUGCAGCACGUGGACUGUAAAAUGGUGAGGAGCCAUUUUGCUAACAUAGGGAUGGUGGGUGAAGCGGCCUCGACUUCUGCGGCGACCUCAACUUCCUCCGCGGCUACCUCGACUGCUCCUGAGGCGAUCACCCCGGAGCGCCUCCUAAGAGUACUGUCCAGGGAUACCAUCCACCACGUGUUACAGAAAAGGGAGGAGCUCGUAGAGGCUCUCUGCGAUUUGGAACCCGACCUGGAACGCAAGUACGUAAACAAUGUUAGAAUAGAAUACAGUGAGGUGAGAAAGUGCUUAGCCAAGUGGAUAAAACUGAAGGAAAUUUUUCCCGUGUUGGCCGGCAGUGCGCUGAAUUCGUUUGGUGUUCACCUCCUUCUCGAUUAUGUCACAAGUGGUGGUGUCGCGGUGGGCGAUGACCACCACUCCGAUAGGGAGGUCUCCUCAUGUAAAGUAAGAGCACCACAGCUCGGCCCCAAAAUGAAUGAUGUGCAGGGUAACUCCCCAGUGGGGUCAUCCCCAAUGGGUGUAAGUCAGCCCAUCCGUGCAGGGCACAUAAAUAGAGUGGCCAGCCCCCCUCGUCCAGCUACCCCCUUGCAUCACAACACAAACAUUACCGUUGGACUUCACAACCAAGUUAAAAAAAGGUACACAUAUUUACAGCGCUACAAAACUGUCCUGUUCAUAUUCAAGCUUGUGAGCGAAAAAAAUGGACACAACACAUUUUGUAAAAUUCUCAAGGGAGAGCUAGUUAAAAAUGCCACGCUUGUAAACCUGCGAAAUGGAGGAACGGAAGUGGUGAAGGGACUUUACAAAGUCAAAGCCGAUAGGUAUGUUAUGAUUAAUACGUUGAGUGCGAAUGAUAUAGGAAUGGUUCGUGGACUCGAACAUGUCCUUGUGUGUGAUUUUAUGUGUGAGUUGGAGGAACCACCUUGUAACAUGGAUUGUACAGGUGUAGUGGGGGCAGAGCGCCGAGUGAGCAGCACUACGUUGCGCGGCAGGAAUGAUGGUGCAGGUGACCAGAAAAGGAAAAAAAAAAGCGAGACGACCAUGCAGGGAAGCCACUUUCAGCAGCGAAGCCACCUUCAGCAGGAGAACUCGCUCCAGGACAUCUACAAACAUAUGAAACACGAAAUUGAAAGCAAAGAAUUGUGGUUCUUCCUCAAGAAUUAUAAAAAACGAAUAAGCAAAAAUGUCAUUGUGUGUACAUGCGCUAUAGAGCCAAAGGAUUGUAAAAAGGAAAGCGAACUUAAGCAGGUGCUGCGGAACAUCUGCUUAGAAGAUAACAGCAUCGUCGUUUACACAGACCCCAAUAGAAAACUCGUCAUUGGAUCCAUAGGUAUAUUAAACAUUGAAGUCACCCUGGACAAAAUAAAAAGUGAUUACAACAUUGAUAUUAGGACUGAUGAGGUGGAGGUAGUGGAGAAGGAGUAUCUUACGGGGCACUACGAGCAGACCAUAACAAAAGAGAUGAAGGUGAACUCCAACCUCUCGCACAUAACGAUCGGCUUGACCAUUCGCGAGAAGGAGUUCGUGGAUGUUUCGAGGUUCAUCCAAAAUGCGCUCAGGUAUGAGAGCGUGUCCAAGUUGCUGGGGGCGACAAGGAUGAAGACAGGGAAGGAAGCCAUAACUGAUCAAACGGUAACUGAGGAAGCAUCGUGUGAGGAGCAAACAAUCACCAUGAUGCAGUCGAAUGGUUCCUUAUCGACCCCAAUGAGCAGACACGACUCUGUUUUUUGUGCCCCACCCGAAAGAGGGGGGGGUCGGCCCACGAAUCAACCCAACUGCAGCAUUGAGGUGGAGCUUAACAACGCAGAAGCGGGGCUAUCUGGUGCUGUGGGGUGGGGAAAGCGCACAACCGAAAUUAGUAUUAACGCGAACUGUGAGGAGGGGGGUCGAAUGAAUGGCUCACAUGAUUGGGCAAGUGGGUCGACAAAUGAUUCUCCCCCACACGCGGAGCACCCGCAGGAAGGUGUUGAGGAAGGCGUGGAGGAAGACGUGGACGAGUACCUCCUCAACUUCAAUUACGAGGACCUGUUCCAAAGCAGCGUUCGCGUCCAUAAAGACGUGCACCUGUACAUCGCGGAGCUGCAGAGGAGAGAGAAAAAAAAAAAAAACUUUUACGAAGAAAUUUUACAGAGCUGUAUUGUCACCCUGAAGAACUGCCUAACCAGUGGCUUCCAAACAAGCGGAAGCAUCAUUAGCACGGAGGUAGAAAUUACAAAGUUGGACAUAUCGGAUGACACCACUGUGGCGGUGGCCAAGUAUGCAUGUAAUGACUUGUACUAUAGAAUGAUUAAGCGAGCCAACGUGUGCAUAGCGAAGCCCAUAUCUCUUCUGCAGAUUCAGACCGAGGAAUCCUUCGUGGGAACCAUCGUGAAGGACCUAAUUCAGCAAAGAAGUGGAACCAUUGUUCAGAUCACAAAGAAUAAUGACUCCCGCCAUUUUAAGAGCAUGAAGAUUAUUGCAAUCGCUCCGGUUAAAAAUACACAUAACUACGCCUCCAUUUUGAGGUCCAUUUCGAGUGGCCACGCCCACUGUUUGAUGACUUUUUGCGGCUACAGCAAGGAGGGGUAG